UUACGUAGUUGAGUUUAAACUAAAAAUAUUUUAUUUUUCUCUGCUGUCGCUGUCAUUGGGUAUCGUUUCCGGUAUCUAUAUCUAUCUCUUUCUCUCUCUCUCUUGUUCUUGUUGAAAUGAAAGUUUGUUAUCCAAAAUUCCAAACCUAACCUCGAAGAAAUUUUAUCUUGACUGAGAAAGUAAGAUACCCCAAAAAAACGUGUUAAUAAUUGGCGUUAAUUACGCGAUUCUACAAUGGUAAAUAAAUAUGUCUUGAAACUUUGACUUCAUCGAUAGUUGAAUAUAUCAGUGCUAAAAUGGCUCCAAGAAAAGCUGCUGCUAAACCUGAAACAGUUCAAGCAGUUGCUAAAGGAAGACCUCAAAAGCCUAAAGAAAAUAAGGAAACACUGAAAACACCAACGGCUAUCAAGAUAAAAGUGUUUAAAAAGAACCUCAGCAGAUCAGUCCAAAACCUAGUAUCUCCAAAUCAAAGUUUACUGGAAAAAAAGAGCAAAUAUCUGACAUCCAAAGACAAGCUUGAGUUAGCAAAUAAAGUUGCAAGAGCACAACUGAACAAAUCGGAGCCAAUCGUUUUUCCUUCGCAAUCUGAAGUCCAGACUGUGACUAAAGUGGGAAGGAAACGAGGGAGAAAAAAGAAAGUUGAAGAAGUGGAAAAUGUUCCGGAAACAUCAAACAUGAAUAUUUGUCCAAGCUCGCCAGUCACUGGCAGUACAGACACUGAAGAUGUUUUUGAGCAGCCAAAGCAAAAGAUUAUUAGGAAGAUUACCAGCCCGGUUAAGCAAACGCUGACGAAAAAAACAGCAAUGCAACUACCUCUAGACCCUGUCAAGAGAGGUCCUAAGAAGAGAAAACUAGUCAGCCCUUCGGAGGGUAUCGUCAACCCACCCAAACGUAAAUGGACGCAAUCCAGAAUAACGGAAAUGAAUAUCGUCGUCAAACGGAAUUCUGAAGACUGCGACAACAGCAACAAAACUCGUACCGUCACAGUCGCUAAACCAAAAAUUGUCAGGAAAAGAACACCCAGAGGUAAGAAAAGUGCUGAAAAUAUAGCAGGCGUUCAAGAAAAUACACCAUCUAUUGCAGCUAAAGAUGCACCAAAUAAUGAACCAAAAGUUGCAGUAAAAAAAGAGGACAAUGGAACUUUCGAUAAUGCUGGAGCAAUAGAUUCUCGUAAAACGUCUGUCUGUUCAGAACUAUCAUGGACCAAAGAUAUAUCGGAUUCCAGUAACACAACCUCUUUGAACGCCGUCACCUCGUCAGAUUUCGUACUGAUUGACAAAAAAUUGCCAGAAGUCAAAUUGACCAAAAUAGAUUCCAAAGGGCUUACCCCUAAAACUCCUAGUAAGUCUUCUUUGUCUUCAGAUAGUGACAGCUCUGAAUCUGAAUGUAGCACAAAUUGUAAGUCUUACAAGGAAAGUGAAAUAAUAAGUAAACACUCAUUAAAUUUGAGCACUUCAUCCGAAUCUCAUAUGUCUCCAAUAAUCACUCAAAAAAACAUCAGUAUUAACACCAUGAAUAGCAAUGUUAGUAAAAUUAGUAAGGCAUUAGAUAAACUAUCAAUGAGUCUGAAGAAAAUAGAUUUAGAAAUGAUAAAUUGGGUUGGUUACCAGAAUGAAGACACCAAUGUUAACUCUAAAAAAUUAAAGGACAAAAUACAUCAAAGUUUACAAGAGGAAAGUAAUAUUAUUCUUCAGUGUAGACAUAUCAAUAAAGUUUUGACUGAUAAUGAAGAUGGAACACAAACGGAAGUAAAUAAUGCAGAAAAAGCGGAUAAUAUUAAUGAUUCUUUUGUCAAACCAACCGAUGUUGUCGUGGCGAAAAAUAUAAAUAAAUCUGCUGAACAUUCCGGUUUAGACAAUGGUAACCAUAGCAGAGACCAAAAUGAUUAUGGAGAUCGUAAAUUUGAUUUAAAUGAGAAUUUUGCUUCAGACAAUAUCGCAUACAUUCCUUUCGACCAAAAUGAUGAUGAAGAUGCUCUAUCAUUAUAUGCAGAGAGUAUAGGAUUUGAAUCUAAUAGAAACAGCACUUGUUCUCCACCUCUAUACAAUAAUCCUGAAUAUGAGGAAUACAUCCCACAAUCUGUAACAAGAGAUGUACCUCAUAACACUAUUGUCUAUAAUCCUACUAAAAUUACUAACGUUACUACUCCGGCGCCUAAAAAUGUUCCAAAUGUGAAACCAACAACAAUAGUGUGUGAAAAACAAAAUGCGGAUUCUACGUCUGUUGUCAGAGAAGGAGUACUAGGUAGUAAUCAAAUUGACUGUACUGAGAAGUUACCUGAUCCCAAUGUCAGUGUUAAGCCAGCAAUAGUGAAAAAAGGGCCUUGUUUAUUAGCAACGUUGUUCAAGCCGUCUCCAGGAGUGAAGAGUGUUGUUUUCAAAGGAAUGUGUUUCUUCUUUCUGAUAGGGAGUUGCAAGAAUCAAUUGAGAUGUCGAUUUCCUCAUGUCGAGCCAUUACCAAUCGAUGUGUGCGCGAAAUUAAUCAAACUUAGUGAAGAUGUAUUCAUUCAAGAAUACAUGUUGUUGAAGUGUUGGCCAGUAUUGAGGAGAAAGUUCGGUAUCUGCUUCGUUGAUGAGUGUAAGAGACGGGACUUGACUAAGUUAUUGGUAGAAAUGGCACUAGAUUUCGUAACAAAAGCAAAUCCGAAUUCCCAGGACGAUGCCGAGCUCAAAAUCCACGUCUUAGAAGAGGCAUUGUUGCAUUUAAACAAUAUAGACCUCAGUAAUUGUGAAGAGCUACUGAAAUAUGUGAUACAGGGUAAACAGUUGUGUGAUUAUUUUAUGGAGACGAUAGCUAACACGCAGAAUUUUACGCGGUUCAAGCCGGUUUUCAUAAAAUUGACCGACUUUGUGAUUGAGAAUCAGAGGGCGUUCAGUUUGGACGUCGCUACGCAUAUAUUGGAACGCGUGGCGAUUCUGCCGUUCAAUGAUUCUUUGGCUUGGGCGUUGAUAAGUAUUAUAAAGCAUACGGAUGUUGUGAUAUUUGAAAAUUCAAUGAUGGCUCAGUUUGAGAAGCAGUUGUCUUCAAAUGAGGGUUUGCACCGGGAGUUCAUGAUGGUGAAAGAGAUGGCUGGCAUGAGUCGGCCGGUUGUGAGCCAACCUUAUGUCCCCGUGGCGCCCUCUAUGAUGAGACGAGAAGAAAUGGAGCGGCCGAUGUCAAACCCGAUGUACCCUGACGGGGUAAAAAGGUACACGUCGCCGGAUACCACGCAUUUGGACACUAUGAACAAACCAACAAACGAGCCAGUCAUAAAGAGGACUAUAAACUUCGAUAGAACAUUCUCGAAUUACAAUUCGUCAUCAAGCGAAAGCACUGACGACUACCCACGAACGCCCAAGCCUAGUAAUCUGUUCGCUUCGUGGAAGAACAAGAGUAUAUUCAAUAAGUGCUCCGCACAGCGGUACCGGAAGCGAAGAACGGAUCGACAGGUCACGUAUGGGGGGACUUCCAAUUUCCCGAGACGACCCGGGCCGGAUUUCUUUUAGCGUUUAUGUAUUUUUGUUACGUUAAUUUAACGUUCCUACUAUAUAUUUUUAAGAAAAUUAUUUUUAAGUUUUUUGUAUAUCUCAUUCGAGAUAUUUUGAUACGAUCCUAUUCUUUAAGUACAAACUGCAAUUGUUAUAAAGUAA